GGAUGAGGCUCUGUGUACUAUUAGGGUGGGAGGGGGCCGCGAGCAGAGGAGAACGCCAGGCGCUCGACUCUCCCCUCUACCUGGCGGUACUCUCUGGUCCCGCCAGGGGUGAUCUCUGUAAGGAAUAGCAGGGGCUGCGGCCGCGGCGACGGGAGGUGACUGAGGCGCGCGGAGCCCGAAAAGUCCCGGUGCUCUCGGGUGCCUCCCAUCCCGGUCGCCGGCCGGCCGUCAGCACCAUGGACAGCAGCGCCGUCCCCGCGAACGCCAGCAACUGCACUGAUCCCUUCGCGCACUACGGUUGCUCCCCAGCACCCAGCCCGGGCUCCUGGGUCAACUUGUCCCACUCAGAUGGCAACCUGUCCGACCCAUGCGGUCCAAACCGCACCGAGCUGGGUGGGAGCGACAGCCUAUGCCCUCCGACCGGCAGUCCUUCCAUGAUCACGGCCAUCACCAUCAUGGCCCUCUACUCCAUCGUGUGCGUGGUGGGGCUCUUCGGAAACUUCCUGGUCAUGUACGUGAUUGUCAGGUAUACCAAAAUGAAGACUGCCACCAACAUCUAUAUUUUCAACCUUGCUCUGGCAGAUGCCUUAGCUACCAGCACCCUGCCUUUCCAGAGUGUCAAUUACCUAAUGGGAACAUGGCCAUUUGGAACAAUCCUUUGCAAGAUCGUAAUUUCUAUAGAUUAUUAUAACAUGUUCACCAGCAUAUUCACCCUCUGCACCAUGAGUGUUGAUCGCUACAUUGCAGUCUGCCACCCUGUCAAGGCCCUGGAUUUCCGUACUCCCCGAAAUGCCAAAAUUGUCAAUGUCUGCAACUGGAUCCUCUCUUCAGCCAUUGGUCUUCCAGUAAUGUUCAUGGCAACAACAAAAUACAGGCAUGGUUCCAUAGAUUGUACACUAACAUUCUCUCACCCAACCUGGUACUGGGAAAACCUUCUGAAGAUCUGUGUUUUCAUCUUUGCCUUCAUCAUGCCUGUCCUCAUCAUUACAGUGUGCUAUGGACUGAUGAUCUUACGCCUCAAGAGUGUCCGCAUGCUCUCUGGCUCCAAAGAAAAGGACAGGAACCUGAGAAGGAUCACCAGGAUGGUACUGGUGGUUGUGGCUGUGUUCAUCAUCUGCUGGACUCCCAUUCACAUUUAUGUCAUCAUUAAAGCCUUGGUUACAAUCCCAGAAACUACUUUCCAGACUGUGUCUUGGCACUUCUGCAUUGCUCUAGGUUACACAAACAGUUGCCUGAACCCAGUCCUUUACGCAUUUCUGGAUGAAAACUUUAAACGAUGCUUCAGAGAGUUCUGUAUUCCAACUUCAUCCACCAUUGAGCAACAAAACUCCACUCGAAUUCGUCAGAACACCAGAGAACAUGCCUCCACGGCCAAUACAGUGGAUAGGACUAACCAUCAGCUAGAAAAUCUGGAAGCAGAAACUGCUCCUCUGCCCUAACUGGGUAUCGCACCAUUCAGACCCUUCACCAAGCUAGAAACCACCAUCUGUGUGGAAGCAGUUCACUGCAAGUAUGUGUAGGAGGCUCUCGUUGCUAGGAAAGUGCCUGCUUUGAGGUCAUAAAAAUGCUUUCCUCUCUGGCCACUCCAUUCUGCACAUCAGAGG